AUGGCAGAGCUUGUGAAGGUCGGCGCCUGUCUACUAGUUACGUUCCUACGACAUCCGUCUAAAUGGCUGUCUAACGUCUACUCCAUCACACUUGGAGGUCUGCGGGAAUGGGCGCGGGUGUCCGUUCCUGCCACGCUGUACGCCGUCCAGAAUAAUCUAGUCUUCUUUGCAUUGUCAAAUCUCAACUCAGUGGUGUUCCAGGUAACCUAUCAGCUAAAGAUACUGACUACGGCUCUUUUCUCGGUUCUGAUACUCCGGAAGACGCUUUCUAAAACACAAUGGCUUUCUCUACUGCUGCUGUUUGCUGGAGUGGCCAUAACACAAAUCAAGGUAGAUCACUCUCAGCACACUCACACAGCCCACAACGCAGAAGCCAUUGCACUAGCAGCAGUGAUAGGAGCAAGUGUUCUGUCUGGAUUUGCGAGCAUCUACUUUGAGAAGAUUCUCAAGGGGGGAAGUCAGUCUGUCUGGGAGAGGAAUAUCCAACUUGGCAUCCCUGGGGCAAUGUGUGCGACGGUAACAUUGUUUGUGAAAGAUGGGCAUUCCCUCAUGGACCAAGGUUUCUUUCAUGGCUACGACAGUUGGGUGUGGUUGCUUAUACUCCUGCAGUCCCUUGGUGGGCUCCUCGUGGCUCUUGUUGUGAAGGUCAUGGACAAUAUUCUGAAGACGUUUGCGAUGGCUUUAGCUAUACUCUUGUCCUGUGCCGCCUCUUUCUUUCUGUUUCGCACAGGCAUUACUAUUGAAACCGCGGUCGGGGCACACCUGGUCAUAAUGGCAAUGUUUUUGUAUGGCUAUAACGCAGCAAGACUUGAUUCUACUAGAUAUACAGUCAAACAGACACAUAGCAAACUAACAGUAGCAAAUAUGAGCUGACACGACAGGCCUGCAGCCAGCAUCUAAACGCGUCCAGCAACGCAAGUCACUACGAAAAGGUAGACGUGAUAACAUUACAAGUAUAACAACACUAUUUGUACUGACAAAAACAGCACAUGUACUGUGCUAACAGCUUUUGGUUCUUGUGAUGUAAGUGAUGUGUACAUUUGUGCAACUAAAGAUAUACAAUAAAAUAUUAUAGGAGAA